AUGUCCCACCGUCCCCUCGAUGUCAUCAAGCAGGAGUAUCGCGCCGCUCACCGCGCCCCCCAUCUGUCCGCCCGAUAUAACGGUCCGAGCACCGAUGUGAUCGACUCGCUUGAUACCAUCGGCGGCGCUUAUCAUCACGACGGCCCCUACGACGCUGCGUCGGCUGCCCGCAACCGCCACAAGAAGUACUCUCCCCUGGACGCCGUUCACGAUUCCAACAUGGAAGCCAUCAGGGCCACGCCCCGCGAGUACAUGCAGGACUGCCUGACAAAGCACGUGCCUUUCCAAGGCACCGCGACCAUCCCUGCCGGCUUCCCCGACAUGCGGGGACACCGUAUGGACUACGUCGAGGGUGCCGAUCUCAUGCGGGAGCCUGAUGCAGCAGGCGGUGCCUACAGACGAUGGCCCGGAAUUCAAUACCACCCGGACGAUCUCAAGGGCAAGGGUGAGCCCUCUUUCACCAUUGAGAGGGUCUUGAAGGAGAAGAUACGUCAGGCGCAUCGCGCCGGCGGCAUGGGUGGCGCCAAUGACUUCGAAAUGCAAUCCGGCGUCAACCAUUACUAUGUGAAGGGCGGUGCCUCGACCCGUCAGCGCAGCGUGAGCAACACGGACGACGGCAGGCCCGGCCCUUCCGGACCCGACGUCUACAGCUUGUCCCCCCCCGAUGGCGGCUUCUCCAACAGCACCAAGAUUCGUCGACGCAACACCACGGGAAGACGCAUCGGCGAGGGCAUCAAGCGCCGCCUCGGUCAUCUCCGUCCUAAGAAAGACGCCGAUUACUAA